GUGCCAAAGAGCUGGACAAAUCUUUCUAACUCAUUCCGAUGAGUAGAAAAGUUAAGCUAAGUGCGGAAAUGCUCCUGAAACUGCUGAGUCUCUGGCUUCCUCUUAAAAGCAGGUAAGGCGUCUGUGGAUCAGACAGAGUUCGGUAGAUUGUUCCACCACCGAGGAGCAACAGAGGUUUUAGAGAUUUUGUUCUGCUUUGGGCCCUUUAAAGGCCCUUCAUUAUGAAACAUGUCACGUUUCUGGAGUCCUCCCCGUCCUCAAGCCUUUUGUACAUGUGUAUGUUCUCUACUAGCAGAAGGGAAUUUUCUGUGUGAAGCCAUGACUUGCCGCCUGUUUGAAGGCAAAGAGCACGCUGCUUCCUACUGGAAGUACAGAGUUGCUCCAUCAGAUCAUCUCAUACAACAAGUGCUGGACUUCCUGGAAAAGCAUCAAGGUGGGCCGUUUGAGCUCGCGGUGGAUGUGGGUUGUGGCUCCGGGCAGGGUACGCAGCUCCUGGCCAAACACUUUGCUUCUGUGGUGGGAACAGAUGUGAGUCCUGCUCAGAUACAAGUGGCUUUGCAGCAUGUUAAAGAGCCAAACAUAACAUAUAGGCAGUGUGUGGCCGAAGAGCUGCCGUUUGCUGACAGCUCAGUGGACCUGGUGACGGCCAUGUCUGCCUUCCACUGGUUUGACAGGCCGCACUUUCUCCAGGAGGCUCACAGGGUCCUGAAGCCUUGCGGCUGCUUGGCUUUGCUCAACUACACAGUGGACAUGGAGCUCAGCUACGGUGACUGCUGCUCACACCAGCUAAACCAAGUCUGCAAAGAGUUUUAUGCAGCUUUGCAGCCAUACCGCAGUCUCCACCUGGGUGUAAGCUCUAUUCAUUUGUACCAGGAGGCAUAUGAAACUAUUCCUUACCCUGACAAGGAAUGGCAGGAGUGUGUGUGGGACAGACGAUGCAUGCCUCUGUCCAGCUACAUGGGUUUGGUGGAGUCUUUCUCCAGUUAUCAGGCUCUGCUGAGAGAAGACUCGCAGAGAGCAGCCGCGCUCUCCCAGGACAUCUGUCGAAGGCUGAUGUCUGUAAUGAAAGUGACCUCUGCAGAGACAGAGGUGGUCGUGGCUGUCAAAUAUUUCUACCUCUUGGCCUGCAAACCUCAGGAAGCUCAGGAAUGACUCCAUUUUUAUGAACAAAGUCAUAGAAGACGACGCGGCUCAUCCUGCUCUCCAGGAUCUUAUCAUCGUUUCCCUGUGAGAAUAUGUGACAACUGAAGUUCAGGAAGAGUUUGAUGUUUUGCCUGCUAAUCCCACUCAUGUUAAAUCCUUAGACACUUCAAUAAAUGUUCAUAUUUACUUUCUUACAGAGAGUUAUUCUGUAGAGUAUAAUGAAGUGAUGUUAUAGCUGUUUUCAUGCUAAACUGAGCUGCUGAGCUAAAUUUCUACAGUGCAUAAAUCUUACUUGACAUUCCUCAGAAUAUCUACCACCAUUAAACUUGCAAAGAAGAGCAGCAGAAACAUAAUGAGCUAGUGGAUCUUUACAGAAGAUAUUCACACAUUAAUGUUUACUUUGGACAUCUGGAUGCAGCUUUUUUCUUUCCUUUUAAGUAGUGAACUUACUGAUUUAAAUAUUUUAAGUCAAAUCACAGAUUUGGUGUACACAGAAAAACAUGAGUCUGAGCUGAAUGUGAUCCAGUACAGUUUUAUGUUGGCGCUUUAAAAAACACUGAGGAUCAAAGUGCUAUAAUAAAAAAAUAUAAUUAAAAACAGAAGUAGUGUAACACAUGACAUAUAAAAUUAGACAUAAGCUCUAUCUUGAGCAUACUUGUAUUUCACCAGGGGGCACAUUAGCAAACUCCGAUUCGCUAGAGUUGCUGAAUUUGUAUGGUGUAAACAAAACAAUAAACAUAAAGUUUGAAAGUCAGAUUGGGGCAGUUAUUCAACUUAAAAUCAUUGUCCAUUUUUACCCCCAGGUUUGUGAUGCGGAGGGACAAGGAGCAAAGUGGGACAAAAAAAUCUGUCCUGGCAUUUUGGCCCAGACUGGCCAAUAUUUAAUCAUGCAAACCACCAAUGUUUGAAUUUAAUUCCUUGAAGCAUGAGAAAUUAUGAGAUGAAAACUUUUGCUGGAGAAAAGUGUAGAAACUGUUUCUGUGUCUGCUGCUGUCUUUCCUCUUCUGGAGAUGAUGAACAACUGAAGGCUGAAUGAACUCAGAUGAAAU